UCACAAGAAUCGAGUUAGAAUAUGUAUUACGUCACAAUGGCCGGAUUCGUAAUCGCGACCGUUUUGGGUUUUAAUUUUUCAUAUCUAAUAUCAUAUCCGGUUAAAUAAAUUGCGCGCAAAAAUCAUGCCGAGAGACGACAAGGGAAGAUUUAUUAAAGAAUCUCGACAGAAACAAAGAGAAGGAUUGGCCAGAGGAAGAGAGAAAAGCAAGGCACGUAAGAGCGGUACAGUGAAUAUAAGUGAGACACCUGAAGAAGCUCUAGUUGGAAUAGAUCACAAUUAUUUUGAUGGUGAUAAUGGUGGUGACGAUACUUGCCAGAUCGCAAAAGAAGUUGUGUUGUCGCAAGAAGACGAAGAGAAGAAAGACCAGUGGCGCAUGGGCAGGCGGGUUGUGGAUUUGGGCAUUAUUGCAGACGGGUUAAAAAGCUGUCAACUAUGCGGCCAACCACUUCACUUAUCCAAUUGUGUGAGCGAGAGAAAAUUCGGACUAGCACACGUUUUGAUUGUUAAAUGCAAUUUUCCGGAAUGUGGUCUCUUAAACGAAGUACCAACUGGCAGAAAACACAAAACAACAAGUGGUGGAUACGCAUGGGAUGUUAAUACUAAAUUAGCAGCAGCAAUGAUUAAUGAAGGACUUGGCGAAACGCAAGUGAAUGGAUUAUUGGCUUCCCUGAACAUCCCUACAAUUACCCAGAAGAGUUUGAAGGAGCGGGAAAGAGAAGUUGGGAACCAGCUGGAUUUAAUGGCCGAAGAAAGUUGUCGACAGCAUCUUCGCAGAGAAAUUGAAAUGAGUGAAGGGAACCUGUCAGCCAGUUUUGAUGGAGCAUGGCAGAAGCGGGGCACAGGACGAGCAUAUAAUAGCCUCACAGGCCAUGCCUCAUUAUUUGGGGAGAAAACAAAGAAACUUAUUGGGUACUCGGUAAUGGCCAAGAAAUGCAGAAUUUGUGCAGCAGCCAAAGUCAAAGGAGUUCCACCAAGAAAACACAAAUGCAGGGUAAACUGGACAGGUUCUGCUAAAGCGAUGGAACCUGCAAUGGCCUGCCAGAUGCUAAAGAAUGUUGAAGAUGAAGGAGUAAAGGUGACAACUUUAAUUAUGGAUAAUGAUUCCACGACUCUUUCAAGAGUGAAGGCAUCAGUGAAUCCAAACAUCUCCAAGAAAUCAGACAGCAACCAUACAAAAAAGGGAUUUACUGGCAGCUUGAUUGAACUGAGUAACCAGCACAAGGUGUUGAGAAAUGUCAAGGUCAGAGGACAUAUAGAGCGAUGUUUUAUGUACUGCAUCCAUCAGAAUCAAAACAGAGAACAACAACUCAAGGCUGAUUUCAGAAACAUUGUUUCACAUUUAUAUGGAGAGCAUCAUGGCUGUGGUUCUUGGUGUAAAAGUGAGAAAAGUAACUAUAAACCUAGAAACCUACCAUAUGGAAAACCAUUGUCAUGUGCUACCUACAGUUCUGAAAUAGGUUUGGAAAAUGAGGAUGUUGACCUGCAGGAUAUUGAUUUAAACCCUUUGAAUGUAUCUCCAGAGAGCAGUUCUUUGCUGUAUGUUGACCUAGAAACAACAGGACUACAGAGAACAUCAGAUAUACUUCAGAUAGCUGCAGUUUCUGCUGACCAAACCUUCAAUGUGUAUAUGACUCCAAACAGAGCAAUUGCGGAGGAUGCAUCAAGAGCAACAGGGUUAACAUAUGAGGGUGGUGUUUUGAAGCAUCAUGGACAGCCUUUGGAUGCUGUAGAACCUGCAAGGGGACUGGAACAAUUUGUUAAUUUUGUCAGGUCACUGUCCAAGCCUUUUGUGAUUGGGCAUAACAUCCAAAACUUUGAUAUUCCUGUAUUGAUGUUUCAUUUACAGAAAUGCAAUUUGAUGCAUGUUUUUCAAGACAGUGUGUCUGGUUUUAUUGAUACAUAUAGAUUGUCCAAAAAAGUGAUUGAUAAGGCCACAGUUUGUAACUAUAAACAAGAAACACUAGUGAAGUGUUUACUAGGUGUAGAUUAUGAAGCUCACAAUGCUUUAUCUGAUGUGACAAGUUUAAGAAAACUCUAUGAAGAGAAGUUGUCAAAACAUUGUAAUUCUUCAGAUGUAUUCACUUUGUCCUAUUACAGUGUCAAAGCUUCACUUGAGCCUCUUGUACAAAAAAAGGUUAUUUCUGCUCUUAUAUCUAAGAGACUCGUCAAUUGUUCUUUGAGUUUGAACAAGUUGAAACUUACUCAUAAAAGAGACCCACAGAAUGGGAUACACAAUGUGUUCAGUGAACCAAUGUCUAGUUCUAAAACUCCACGGAUUUCAAAAUCCAAGAAUGUUAUUAACAAAGUUGUUGAAUUUAUGAAAACACUUUGAAUUUAAUUAUCUACAUGUGUGUCAUAAUUGCAUUAAUGUGUUUAUGCAAUGAAAUAUAACUUUUAUCAUCACAGUUGUAAUAGAAUUCGGUUGACAACAUUUCUUUUGAUAAGUGUGAACUGCAUGAAUAGAUCACUAUAAAAUUUCGCCUGGUGCAUGUAUGUUUUUUAGACAGGUACAUUUACUUGUGAAAUGUAAAAAGAAAAAUCACUUUUUUUUAAGUGUUUAUCAUUAGCAGUUUUUUUAAGAAAGUAUCUGAAGUUCAUGUACAUUUGUGUGACCUAACUGUCGUUCUCAGCAUUCGGCAGUCACUUUUCUCGCUAUUUCAAGGUGAAUAUUUGAAAAGACUAUGAAUAAUCAAGUUGAUAAGGACUUAUUAUCUUAGUUUUUCAUAAUAUUACAUCAAAUAUUUAGCUGUAAGAAAAUUUGAUCUGUGUAGUGCCAGAUUUCUAAUUUUUUUAUAUGGGGGUACACGUACUCCAUGAGCUAUAGAUUUUGAAUUAUCUGGACAGGUGUGGAUUUUUUGUCAUAAAUGUUUGAAAUAGAUGUACAUCUACAUAUCAAAACAGAAAAAAAGUACAUGUAAAACAUGUAAUUGAGAAAUUAUGCCCGAUUUUUCUAUUUUUGUUAAAAUUUGUACAAUAACAUUUUUUACAUAAAUGUGCAGAUGUUAUUCUAAAAACUUAAUAAAUAUUUUAAAAAUGACUUGUGUUUUUCUUAUUGACAUGUUUUCUUAUGAAUUAGUGCAAAUUUGAAAUAAAUUGUUGUUUUUAUUUGACAAUAACAACAAAGAACUGUUACCAGUGAUUUGCACAAAAAUCUUUGUUGGGGUGUAUGACUUCAGUAGAGUCUCCUUUGGAAUUUGUGUGUAAACCUUUCAAUUUUUUACCAUUUUUAAUUACCAUUACUAUAAUACUGUUGAUUCCUAAUCAAAAAAUGCUACCUAAAACACAAAAAUCCAGGAGUAAGGACCCA